UUCAAACAAAGCGAGUUCUCAGCAAACAAACCGUUACAUUUGUUGCGAAGGGAGUGGAUUUGUUGAGUUCCUAGUUUAUUAAACCUUUCAAAAUGAGAGAAAUCGUUCAUCUUCAAGCCGGCCAGUGUGGAAAUCAAAUUGGAGCAAAGGUAGGCUUCUAAUUACAAUUGGAACAACUAAUUUGUAACACCGAUAUAACAAAAUACGUUCCAUAUUUUCAGUUCUGGGAAGUGAUCUCAGAUGAACAUGGUGUCGACCCGACUGGCUCGUAUCAAGGCGAUUCAGACCUUCAAUUGGAAAGAAUAAACGUUUAUUAUAACGAAGCAAGCGGUAAGAACUUCUAAUGUUCAAAAACGCGAAUUUAAUGUACAAAAUCAAUACAAAAUUUAAAACAAAAAUACACUUGACAACAACGAACGAUAAAUUUGAAACGUGAUAGCAUUGUUUGUUACAUUUUAGGCGGGAAAUAUGUUCCUAGAGCGGUUUUGGUCGACUUGGAACCGGGAACGAUGGAUUCCGUCCGCUCUGGACCAUUUGGACAGAUAUUCAAGCCAGAUAAUUUUGUAUUUGGUAAGGUUUUAAACCUUUUCUUUUUAUAUGCAAAACUGGUUGAUCCGUUGCAAUGUUUGCACGUUGUCUCCAUGUCAACUUUGUGUUGUGAGCUGUGUUAUCUCGUCGUUUCUCAGGAGUAUAAAGGGCACUAGGGCAGGUUUUAAUUUUUAUAGCCCUUCGUAUUUUUCUUGUGCCCAAUGGCUCUUUCCAUCACAAAAUAGACAAUUUUCCCAAUCUUUGCAAGACAGAAAAAACAUUUUAGCACAACUUAUUAAAUUGUUUUGCCCCAUAAAUCAGCGACUGUCAUAUCAAACUCAAAUGAGAAUAUCUUUUGGCACAUGAAAAGCCUGUUAUUUAGAAUAUAUUUUGUGGUUUUAGGCCAGAGUGGGGCAGGCAACAAUUGGGCUAAGGGACAUUACACAGAAGGAGCUGAACUGAUAGACUCUGUUCUCGAUGUUGUCCGUAAAGAAUCUGAAAGCUGUGAUUGCCUGCAAGGUUUUCAACUAACACAUUCUCUUGGAGGCGGCACUGGCUCUGGAAUGGGCACCCUGCUUAUUUCAAAAAUCCGCGAAGAAUACCCCGACAGAAUAAUGACCACAUUCAGCGUAGUACCCUCACCAAAAGUUUCGGACACAGUUGUUGAACCAUACAAUGCAACCCUCUCAGUACAUCAACUUGUAGAAAACACAGAUGAAACCUUCUGUAUUGACAAUGAAGCUUUAUAUGACAUCUGUUUCCGUACCCUGAAAUUGACCACACCCACAUACGGUGACUUAAAUCACCUUGUUUCGGCGACAAUGAGCGGCGUGACAACCUGCCUAAGAUUCCCUGGUCAGGUAAGAUACUUUUUAGCUUCAAGAAAUUUAAUUUGGAACUUUUUGUAAUAUUGGAAAAUGAAAUUAUUAUUUGCAAAUAUGCUGCUACUGCUAGUGAUUAAUUUUUAAUUUGAUGUAUUUGCAUAGGCUUUAGAAAGUUUUUUAAAACCUGUUUGAAACUCAUUUAAAAAUAUGCACAGCCCCACACACCUCCUCUGAAGACCUUUCUAAAAAUUGGGAGAGAUCAAGGCCUACCAUCUAUCUUUCCAAGAUGGUGGAAGUAUGCCAUGUCCACACUUAUAAUAAUCUUAAAUAACCUAUAUAGCAGACAUUUCCAGUAAUAAAAUAUUUAUUUGAAGCAACAAAGGAAACAUACUCUUUGUCAUGAGAAUAUCUUGAACUUGAAGAAUAUUUCUAUGAUUGUUAAAUAAUAUUUUAAACAUUAUGUCCCUAAAUUCUACACUAAAAAGGGGAUUUUAAGUCAAAUGCAGUGCUGUUUUGGUAGACAAAGAUAUAACGAAUCAUAAAUAAAGAAAUGUUUGUGUGUAUAUGUUUAGUUGAAUGCUGACUUGAGAAAAUUGGCUGUUAACAUGGUACCUUUCCCUCGUCUUCACUUCUUCAUGCCUGGCUUUGCCCCACUCACCAGCCGUGGUUCAUCCCAGUACCGUGCACUAACUGUACCAGAACUUACUCAACAAAUGUUUGACGCUAAGAACAUGAUGGCAGCUUGUGAUCCCCGUCAUGGCCGAUAUCUUACCGUUGCUGCAAUGUUCCGUGGUCGAAUGUCCAUGAAGGAAGUCGACGAACAAAUGUUGAACGUCCAGAACAAGAAUAGCUCCUACUUUGUGGAAUGGAUCCCCAACAACGUGAAGACUGCUGUCUGUGAUAUCCCACCCAGAGGUCUGAAAAUGUCUGGUACCUUCAUUGGAAACAGCACAUCCAUUCAGGAAUUGUUCAAGCGAAUCAGUGAGCAGUUCACUGCUAUGUUCCGUCGCAAAGCUUUCUUGCAUUGGUACACUGGUGAAGGCAUGGAUGAAAUGGAAUUCACUGAGGUUUGUUUAAGUUUCUAGUUGCCAAAAUAAGUAAUUGCUAUUUAAAGUGUCAGGAAAAGGUUGUGUUUAUUAGCAAAUCUCACAAGUGUAGUAGGCAGUUCCUUUUUGGGACCAAUUCCACAAUCAUGAUAUAAACCAGUAAUAAACUUUGGGAUACCUUCUCUUGUUUGUAUUUCAAUUCAGUAGGCUGUAUUUCAUAAAUAUAGUAAUCGAAAGAAUAAAUUAAAGAGAAAAAAUUUAAAUUAUUGUUUUGAUACUUUCAACAUUGCCCAAAUAUUUUGAUAAAACGGCUUUUUGUUUUGAGUUAUAAAGAAGUAGUGAAAACCUUUUUUCUCGAAAGAAUUUGAGCGGUGGACUAGGAGUGCAAGUCUGCUAGAAGUGCAGUCUUGUCAUAUGAGACCUUAUUAAAAUAUUCGGUUAUUGUUCCAAUAGGCUGAAUCAAAUAUGAACGACUUGGUUUCCGAAUAUCAACAAUAUCAAGAAGCGACAGCCGAGGAAGAAGGAGAGUUUGAGGAAGAAGACGAUAUGGAAGAAGAAGCCUAAAUGAAAAUAAUAAAUAUUUAAGACUUACUAAUAAUAAAUAUUUAAGACUUGCCCAACCCCGUCUAAAAAAGCUCGCACAGUCAGUAGUUUACUUUCUGAUUGACACGUAAAAACACGCAACUUGUUACCAGCUUGAUACAACUUGUCAACAAUCUUGUUACUAUAGCUUGUUGUGCCAACAACUUGUCAACAAGAUGUGAGGUUUUUACGUGUUUAUGUUUACUAAACUCGUCUGUGUCGGGACUUAUUUUAAAAACACUAAACCACAUUAAGCUGCUCAGCACUAUUUAUUUAUUUAUAAUUAUAUAUCAAAUUUAAGAAUAGUAAUAAAAGUUGAACGGAAUUGUUUUCGUGUAUCAGCGUGUGUACUCGCAUCUUGACAGCGUGGAGCUGGGUGCAACAUGAUAAACAUGGAAAGGGGUUUAUUUAUUUUGUUCCGAGCUAUUUCGUGUUGGAGCCACAUACAUAACCAUUAUUGCAUCAUUUCAACACUAGU